GCCCCGCGUUUACUGCGCGAGCUCCUCUAAGUUCGCUUUUUAUCUGCCUUUCUGCACGCACAAACUUGCAGUUUUUGAAGAAUCGCGGCAGAGCAAGGUGUGAACUGUAAAACUUGGAAACCGCCGAACUGGAGUGCGCGCUAAGCCUGCCGCCGAUGGAUGCUGGGCCGCCGCAGGCUACGCCCACAACAUCAACUACCGCUCAUCCUGGCGGCGUGGCGAACCUCUUUUCCACCAUCACUGGGGAGAUUUGUGCCGACACCGUCAACUCCGUCAUCUCAGAUCUCAACUUGUUCCGUAAGUUUCACCGUUCUGACCGACGGUCCCGUGUCGUCCGUAUCUGUCGUCUUGGGCGAGGGGGGCGAUUUUCAAAGCAGUUUGCCCCAUAUCGGAUCCCUUUUCCGGGUCCGUUUUGGAGUCCACAGCUCCCUGGGAUCGCUAGCGAGGUGGAGGAGGUGGGUCUCUGCCGCAGUGGGACUCUCCGCAGACCACACCCACUACAAGUCACGGAAGCCCACUCCGCAUGGAUUCAGGGGACACGCCCACAACGAGCAGCUCUAUGAGUGGAAGAGGCAGGCCGCUUCGCACAGAACAAGGUCCCAGCAGCGAGUCCUUCUCUACCAAACACACCAGGCAGCCCUCAUGCAAAGUGGCAAUGUAUCUAGAGGACGCAGUUUUCUUUCCAUUGACUCCUCCCACUUCCGAUCCAGGCCCGCCUGCCCCGUUGACCUCUGACCUCAACAACCACAGACCUGGCUCCAACUCCCACUCAGAUUCGGACACGGAGCUCCCCAUGAGAAAGAGACGGGCACCGGUACCCAGCGAAAAGAAGGACGACAGAUACUGGGAGCGGAGAAAGAAGAACAAUAUCGCGGCGAAGAGGUCGCGAGAGCUACGCAGGAAGAAAGUUGACGAGGAGUUAAAGCAGGCCGGAGAGGCGAUACAGGAGAAUCAGAAACUGAAGCAGGAGAUCGAGGUACUAAAGGCAGAGAUUAACAGUCUGCGGAGAUUGCUAAAGGAUGCUAACAUGACCCUGUCGCUGUGGAUUCGAGCCAAGCAGACGGCUGAACCAAAUACACAGCUACCACCGAUGCUUCGAGGGCCUAAUGUUCCUUUUGUCAAUUUUCCUGUCUCUUCAACUGUCUAGUCAUCGACGUAGCAGUUCCACUUCUCUCUCUCUCUCUCUCUCUCCUUCCUCACCUUGCACUUCUCACACAAUCAAUUUCACAUCAAGUUAUGAUAAUUGUGUGCAAGUGUCUUUGAUUCCAACCAAUCUCACACACUGCAACAGUAAUAUUGACUAUGCAUAAUUAUAUUAUCCACUAUUACCUAUUGUAGUCCAACUUCAAACAACUUAACUAAUACUACAGAUCACAGACAAAAAAUGAUAGAACUGCCCAAGUUAUGCAUGUUGCUGAUACUACCACUAUCAAGAAAGAUAAAAGAAGGAACAGAAUAAUGCCAGGAGUUCUGAA